UGAGCUAGCUGAUGUACCCAUCAUCCUUGAGGGCUCGGCUUGAUGUGUUACUCUGGGAGCCCGUGAACAAAUGGACACUAAAUGACUUCUCCCUGGCUUGCAAUUUUCCGAUGACCAUGACUGAGUGUUUUAGCAAUGGCACCAUGUCAGCCCUCGCAGUGAAGGUAGAAUCCGUACCCCAGCUUGUCCCUCGUCAACUUACCCUGAGGGAUCCCUCAUGUAGACCAAAAUUCAGCAAUGAUCGCUUUGCCUACUUCUCUUUUGAAGCAAACCGUUGUGGAACCACUAGAAUGUUCUAUGAUGGCGUUGUGAUGUAUCAAAAUGAAAUCGCUUUGGGUAAGGGGCUGCAAGGUCACCAGGGGAUUAAAAAAGGAGUACCAGCUAGUCCUCCUGAUCCAGAGUAUCGCGUGACCAUGUCCUGCUUUUACACGCUAAAUGAUACCCAGACGAUUGCUUUCUUCACAAAGCCACGGGAAAAUGAACCCUUGCCAGAGACUGGUAUUGGAGAGCUUCAAGUUGUACUGCGGCUUGCUCAGGAUGGCUCUUAUAGUAACUUCUAUCUAAAGGAAGAUUACCCAGUUGUACAGUACUUAAGAAGUCCUCUGUUCUUUGAGGUGGCGCUGCUUCAGUCCACUGAUCCUCAGAUAGAGCUAGUCUUGGAGAACUGUUGGGCUACUCUGAAAGAAGACCGGAACUCUACUCCAAGAUGGGACUUGAUUGUAGAUGGCUGUGUGAAUCUGGCUGACCGUUACGAGACCGUUUUCCACCCUGUCAUUCCUAACGGCUUUCCAUACCCGUCUCAUGUGAAGCACUUCGAAAUCAAGAUGUUUACUUUUGUGCAGAAUGAUGACUUAUUUCCAGAUCAGAUUUUUGUACACUGUGACGCUGUGCUUUGUGAUGCUGGGAGUGACGGCAUCUGCGAGAGACGAUGUCCAUCUCCCAUGCCUUUAAAACAUGGAAAGAAAGUACGAAGAGAGACUACUAAUAUCCAAUCCUUGAGAACACAGCUGUCAUCGAGUUACGACCCUAUAAAUGUCUGUGAAGUUAAACUCUGUCCGUAUUAUAACCACCACACUACUACUAUCAACCGCAAGAUUCGUCUUGGUCAUAAAUAAAGCAUUAUAAAGGGAUUGUUAGGCGAAAACCUCCUC